AACAUUCUCUUGAAAUCCGUCUUAAUCUACCAUGUGGCCUUGUCAUAAAUUACUGUUUUCAAGCCCCCUCGGUCUCUCCAUCUUAAACCAAACCACAUGUUUUCGUUCAAAAAAUGAAUGCCUCAGGCUCUCAACCCACAAAGAGCGAUUUUUGACUCCAAGGACUGCCGUUUAUCACAACACCAUCCCAAGUUAACAAAAUCACGGGAUAGAAUGCCAAAAGUGCUGUCUUCAUGGUUACAUACUAUGAAAUCCUGGGGCUCCCCAAUUCACGGGGCGCAGCAAGAUUUCUCACCCCACAGCUUCUGAAGGCAGCAUACCGGAAAUCACUACUCCAGCACCACCCAGACAAAGUCCAGCAAGUUUCUUCGCCAGGCCAUGAUUCUACAAAGGCUACAAAUAAACAACCUAGUAGUGCAUAUACUGUAGAUCAAAUAACCAAAGCCUACUCCAUCAUAUCAACGCCAAAGUUCCGUGAAGAGUAUGACAGAGAGCUUGCCUUGGAGUCCCAGCAGACGUGCGAGUUUGGGGCCCAGCAGAAAAACGGGUUUCGUACAGGCGUAGAGGUUGUUGAUCUGGAUGAUCUGGAGUUUGAUGAGAAGGAGUCGCUUUGGUUCCGGAGCUGCAGGUGUGGAGACGAUCGUGGAUUUUUGAUCCGCGAGAAGGAUCUGGAAGAGGCAGAAGAUGAUGGAGAACUUGCUGUAGGAUGCAGAGGUUGCAGCUUAUGGCUCCGUGUUUUGUUUGGGGUUGUCGAAGAAAGUGCUCAGCAAGGAGCGGCGGGGAAUGGCAAUGGUUGAAGCAUGGAAAGUGACAGGAAAGACCUCAACGAUUCUCACGACAUAACCGUCACGCCCAACUAUUGGCGACGGGCUCCCCAAUGCACUGCUUGGAACAUGGCAAUAUAGCUACCAUGCCCUACGUUUCAUUUCAAGCCACGGCUCCCAGCAACCCUGCCUUUUGUUUGGCUUUUUUGGCUGAGUCAAAUACUUGGUCGUCAAUUUGCGUGAGCAAAGGCAAAUUGGUCCAAUAUGGGGAGCUUUUGUCUCCAAAGGAUUUGUAGGAGACAAGAUGGCAAGCAGCAAGCAAUGUAGGGAAGGAUAGGCAGUCGAUAUAUCAAAUAAGGACUAGGAUCAAAGCCCUUUAAAGUAUAGCGAAGCUCUCAUAGCCAAUGAAAUAUGA